AUGUCCGCCCAACCCCUAAUCGACGCCUCCCAAACUCGCCGCACAAUCUACAAGCUCGGCAAGAACUCCCCCGUUCCGGACUCCAAGAUCGAAGAGCUCGUCAACGCAGCCAUCAACACUGUUCCCUCGUCCUUCAACACCCAGUCCACUAGACUUGUUGUGCUGUUGCAUGAGCAGCAUGAGAAGCUGUGGGAUUUGGCGAUUGAUACGUUCUCGCAGCUUGUAAACACGGGCGCUGUGCCCGAGGAGACGUGGAAGAACCAGUCGUUGCCGAAGUUGCAGGGGUUUAAGAAUGGGGUUGGAACUGUCCUCUUCUACGAAGACCCCGCACACAUCGGACCGUUCUCUGAGAAAUUCGCCCUUUACAAGGACCACUUCCAGCCCUGGGCCGAGCACUCGAAUGCCAUGCACCAGUACUACAUCUGGACCGGUCUCUCCGCCCUCGGCUUCGGCGCCAACCUCCAACACUACAACCCGGUCAUCGACGCUCCCGUCGCGAAGCAGUGGGGUAUCCCGAGUGACUGGCGACUUAUCUCGCAGUUGGUGUUUGGGAGCCCCGAGGGAGAAGCGGGAGAGAAGGCGCAGAAGCCGGUUGAGGAGCGAGUGAAGAUUUUUGGGAAGCAGUAA